CGGCGGGUCGGGCCCCGACGGGCGGCGGCGGCUGAGGUGGAGGCGGAGGGAGGCGGCGGCGGCGGCGAAGGAGGCGGCGGCGGCGGCGGAGGGGGGAAGAUGGCGGCGCCUGUCCUGCUGAGAGUGUCGGUGCCGCGGUGGGAGCGGGUGGCCCGGUAUGCAGUGUGCGCCGCCGGGAUCCUGCUCUCCAUCUACGCCUACCACGUGGAGCGGGAGAAGGAGCGGGACCCCGAGCACCGGGCCCUCUGCGACCUGGGGCCCUGGGUGAAGUGCUCCGCCGCCCUUGCCUCCAGAUGGGGUCGAGGAUUUGGUCUUUUGGGUUCCAUUUUUGGAAAGGAUGGUGUAUUAAACCAGCCAAACAGUGUCUUUGGACUUAUAUUUUAUAUACUACAGUUAUUACUUGGCAUGACAGCAAGUGCAGUUGCAGCUUUAAUCCUCAUGACAUCCUCCAUCGUGUCUGUGGUCGGGUCUUUGUACCUGGCCUACAUUCUGUACUUUGUGCUGAAGGAGUUUUGCAUCAUCUGCGUCAUCACAUAUGUGCUGAACUUCAUUCUUCUUAUCAUCAACUACAAACGACUAGUUUACUUGAAUGAGGCCUGGAAACGGCAGCUGCAGCCUAAGCAGGACUGACAGCCGGACGAACUCUGAACUGACAGUCGGAAGUCCCCUUUUCCAUUAAGUUUAUUUUGCAGCAAUUUUUUGUUUGUUUGUUUGUUUUUUAAUUCUUUACAACAGACACUUUCCCUAAGAAUCUUAAACUGAUUUUUUAAAAUCCUGUAAAUUAGAAGGGGCCCUAGCUAUUUUCUGUGUCAAUCUUCAUUUUAAAUAUGGAUACAAAAAAAAAAAAAAGGAAAGAAAAAAGGAUAUGCCGAGCCAAUCAAAGACAAGCUUUAACUUUACUUUGAAGAUGUUUCUGAAAUAAUAAAAUGUAGCCCCAGCCCCCUGCCCUUGAUUGUAAAGUGAGCAACCAUUGCUAGUAAUUCUCUAAUGUGUACAAAUUCAAUUUCAGGUAUAACAAAUGUGAUCAUGACAUGAAAAUAUUUUAGAAUAGAUACUGUAUUAAAUAUUGCCAUGUUUACAAUAUGUAAUAUGUUUUUAGCCGACGGAUUUAAACAUGUAGAUUCAACUAGAAUCCAUUUAUGUGAUAUUUGUAAAUAAAGGUAGACAUAUUGGAUCCAUCCCUGCAGAACUUACUGUACAGUUUAGUUGAAGUGUAGCAAUGAAGAAUUGUCAGCCCAACGCUGACUGAAGAAAUAGUGAAAGUAGUAAGUACAGAGCAUCUUGUGAAAAGAACUGACAGCUGCGGGUCCAGUACUGACAGCAAAAAUAACAGGGUAGUUGGUUCCCUUUCAUCUCCUUCCUCGGAAAGGAAGAAACUAAAUUUGGACAUUCAAGUCAAGCUUGCGUCUAGUCAUAAAACUGGAUCAAUUAUAACCUUACAAAAUGUGUCACGUGACCAGACCUUCACGUCCAAGGCCUUCAGGACACCAAAGAUGGGGAAAUGGCUUAGAUUUCUUUGGAGAAAAGCUGGAAACGUUAAUAUGGCAUUUUUAGGUAGUCUCUUACAGUAGCUGAAUUUUCAUGCAGAUAUUCUUCCUUAAUAUGGGUGCCAGUCGACCAAACAGUAUUAGGACCUUGAAAUAACCAGUGUAAGCCCAGUUGCUCCAGAGUAGGAGUGCUCUUGGGUAGCGCCGUAGUAUCUCCUGUUUCAUUCUGCACUAAUUGGAUGUCUAGUUUAAUCGUUGUAGAGUAUUAGCUUUGUAAAUCUUAGGGCUGACACGCUGCUCAACCUGCUCCACCGGGAGUAGUGCAGGUAGAAAUACCCGAAGGUGAAGUACCCUAAUGGCGUCGCUGCUCUUUCUAGAAACUACGCAAAUGCCCAGGUUUUAAAGGUGAUGUGAAUAAACCCAAAUGAAAUUGCAACA